AUUAGUUGGAGCAGACUACUAACUACUGGGUUGGUCUGUUGGCCGUUGGUAUUUGGUAAAAGGUAAUAUUUUAUAGUUAUUGCUUUAAGCUUUUUAGUAUUUUUUAAUUUGGUCGACCAACGCUCCUGUUCACUUUAUAAACCAGUUAAAUAAAUUAUCAUUCUAAACAAUCUAUUAGUAAAACGAAUAUAAAAAUGACUUCUACAAACUUCAACGUUGGCAUUGGCGAUAUUAAGAAAAACACAAGCAGAGUUUUGAAACCACCUGGUGGAGGCAGCAGUGAUAUUUUUGGUACAACUACAUGCGAUGAAGUGAACCCGCAUAAUCGUGGUAGAAAUCAGAAAAAUCUUCAAAGUUCCAUCAUUCUGGGUGGUCAGUCACCUCAACACAAAAAUGGUUCAGCUGAUGUUGCCGCUGCCACUAAUGGAAGUGUCGAUAAGCCUGAUGGAAAUCCUGUAACAGGUGAAGGAUAUGAAGCGCCAAAGGCUGCAGCAACUCCAGCCAAUCAUGUUUCUGCUCAGUCUGUGCCGGCUCCAGAACAAAAGAAACAAUCACGUGUACCACCAGGUGGCUACAGUUCUGGUUUAUGGUAAUAGCGUUUUUACUACGCUAAACCAACUUUAUUGUCACAAUCUGCAUCGCUUUGUAUUUAAAAAUAUAUGUAUUGAUGACUUCUAAUAAUUUUCUUAAAUGAUGGUUAAUUAAUACAAGUCAGUAAAUAGUUAAUAAUUUUAUGGUAAUAGCAAAGGUGAUCUACUUAGUACUCAAAAAAGGAUUGUCAUUUUCUAAACACUUAAAAAUUUGUAUUCUUAAAUUUUGUAGCGAUUAUAUUUGUGAACUAAUUAUUCCUACAAAACAAUAUUUUUUUACACAAUAAAAUAUGUUUUAUUUUUA